AUGGCUUGCCCUGCAUGCUCGCGUCGGGCUCUCAGCCUCUUUGUUGAGAGUGUGGGUGGCCUCAACUCCGCAAACACCCUCCUCCUGCGUCCUCGCCGCUUGCCUCCCACCAGCGCACCGCCACCGCUGCGCCAGCACGCCCGCCCGAGAGCUCUCAGCACACGGCCCGCGCUUCGAGCUCCCGACCCCUCCUUCCGCUUGCCCGACAUCAGGCAUGGCGAUGGCGCUGCGGCCGAGAAUCACAGCUCGCGAGACGCUAUCGUGCCGUCGAACCUGAGCCCCGAGCCGAGCGUCACGACGCCGCACCAGCACGGCGAGGUGGACGCCAUCACUACAAGCGACGAAAGCCAUGUUGUCGGAAGUGCGGACGUGGCCGCGGAUCCCGAUCUGGCCGAGUUGCGCGCGGAUUUGGGAUUGACCCAAGGCCCGCGCGAAGAGGAUUUGCAGGCUAAGAUAUGGAAGUUGACUGGAGGCCUGUCUGGGACGCCGGCGGAGAAAGAAGCGAAGCCGGGGAGGAAGGCGAGGAAGGAGAGGAAAAAGCUGGAGAGAGCGCUGGAGAGAGCGCAGAAGAGAGAGCAGGGGGGCAGUGAGGAGGCUGGUGCCAGCUCAGGCGAGCAUUCGGAGAAGAAGACGGUCGCUCCGAAAGCCGUUGCGGAGAUCGUGGUGAAAGGCGGCUACCCCAGGGUCACCGCGUACGACGAGGUAAAAAGGAAAAGUUCCAUCAAGCUGGAACCUUGGAGGAUUCAGAAGGAAGCGCUGAAGGAGAAGUUUGGGGAGGAGGGCUGGCAGCCACGCAAGAAGCUGUCGCCAGAUGCGAUGGAAGGCAUCAGGACGCUGCACAAAUCAGAUCCCGGGAGGUUCUCGACUCCAGUACUGGCCGACGAAUUCAAGGUCAGCCCCGAGGCGAUACGGAGGAUCCUCAGGUCCAAAUGGCGGCCGAGCGAGGAGCAGGAGGAGGAGCGGAUGAAACGCUGGGAGAAGCGUGGCGAGAAGAUCUGGGAGGCACAAGUGGCGAAGGGCAUGAAGCCUCCCAAGAAGUGGAGGGUGAAGGGCGUGGGCAGCGUGCACUCCAAGGAAGAUAUGCCGGCUUGGAAGAAGAAGAAGGCACUGAAGCGAAGCGACUGGCGCGAGCAGUCUGAUGAGCCGAGCGGCUCAGUGUCGGACUUCUCGCGACCAAGGGGCGCUGGGGUCGACUACGGCGACGUCGGCGGCUGGAGCGACCGAAUUUUGUAG